AUGGAAACUGGUAUCACAUCCAUCAGAGACAGAUGGGACAUGCUCGCUGCCAGAUACCUGACAAAGUUAAGAAGCAAGCCAUGGAACUCCGCAUACCCUACAAUGUACAAACUAGCAAAGGAAAAAGCCAACUGGAAAACAAGAAGCACACCAGCCACCUCACUACACCUCAACAACAUGGGCCGGGACUUCUGCCUCCACUUACAGGAGCCAACUCAUCAACCCUACGUAGACCCAAUGGCACCAUGGAAACUAUUUGAUAUAAAGACAGACUUCUUACCUGUAACCAAGAGAACAGCGAGGAAUAAUGCAACUCUUGCCACAAAUACAUUCCUUGAAAUCCAGAACCAAGAGCAUCAAGACCAUCUAGCCAUAUACACUGACGGGUCAACAUGUAAGACUUCAAAGAAGACAACCUGUGCAGUGUACAUACCUGAAACCCAAACAAAAGAAUCAUGGUUACUCACACAGUUCACUAACAGCUUCAAUGCAGAACUAGCUGCCAUCAAACAAGCACUAACACUUACCUACACCCAAGACUGGAAAGAGAUAACUAUUUACACAGACUCCAUGGCUGCAAUACAAGCAAUAACUCACUUCAAAUGGGCAUCAAGCACCCACAUCCCUGGAAUAAUCCAACAAAUAUGCAACUUUAGAUCAGCAGGGACAAAGAUAAACUUCUUCUGGUUACCAAGUCAUGCCGGGAUUAAAGGAAAUGAAAUUGCCGACCAGCUCGCAAACUCACGAAGAAAUGCAGACGACGGCAAGACGAUGACACACACACCAAACACAGCAGAAAUCCUCACGAAAAUAAAAAACAACCAUGACAAGAUGGUAUUUGAAAAAACAAAAAGAAAUUCCACAAACGUAGCAGUAACGAAUAGGAUACGGAUGGGGAUCUAUAGCUGGCAUACUCACACAAACCGAGCCAUACAAUCUGCAUUGUUAAGGUUACGAAGCGGGCACAACAAACUCAACGGCACAAUCAGCAAGUGGGAUAUGGAUAUACAACCAGAAUGCAUGCACGGAUGCCCAGAAAAAGAAAAUACAGCACACGUCCUUUUACAAUGUCCACACUACUCCGCAGCAAGACGGGAACUAAAGGACGCGAUCGAAGUACUUAAGCUUCCCCUAGACGUACCAACCCUUACCGGUAUCAACUUCAGCAUCCCUAAACACACUCAGGAAAAAAUCACAAAAACACUCAUUAAAUUCAUUACAAACACCAAGAUCAUCGAACGAAUUUAACACUUACUUCUUACCACUGAAAUACUCCCCCCAUCCCCCAAUUCUGUAAAAAUUAUGCAAACUGUAAUAAACAAAGACGCCACGGUGUGUUAGGGCCCCUCAACAGGCGGCCCGUAAACUGUAACCAGUGGCAACCAGCCAUGGCCAGUGGCACC